ACCUCCUGUGUGAGGAGGCCCGGCUGCCGUGUGGAGCAGCGCCGGGGGAGGCCCCGCUUGUCCCGCGGGAAGAGGUGUCAUGUUUUGCUGUCAGGAUGAGGUGCAGGAUCCCUGUCAUCCUCCUGGCCUGUGGCUCCUUCAACCCCACCACCAACAUGCACAUGCGUCUGUUUGAGCUGGCCAGAGACCACCUGCACCAGACAGGAAGAUAUCAGGUGAUUGAAGGCAUAAUGUCUCCUGUCAGUGAUCAGUAUGGGAAGAAAGGCUUGGUGUCAGCAAAGCACAGGGUGGCAAUGGCCAGACUGGCCCUGGAGACGUCUGACUGGAUCCGGGUGGAUCCCUGGGAGAGCGAGCAGGACACGUGGACAGAGACAGUGAAAGUAUUAAGGCACCAUUAUAACGAAGCACUCAGAGCGUUCCAGUCCAAGAAGGAGUUCAUGAGAAACAAACAUCCCACAGAAAGCUCUACGGUGGAUUCCUUUUCUUGCCAGCAACCAGUUCUACCAGAAUUAAAGCUGCUCUGUGGGGCUGAUUUUCUACAGACAUUUAAGACACCCAAUCUCUGGAAGGAAGAAGACAUCAAAGAAAUAGUGGAAAAGUUUGGUUUGGUCUGCAUUAGCCGGGCUGGCUCUGAUCCAUCUCAGUUCAUACAGGAAUUGGACCUUUUAUCUAAAUUUCAGCACAAUAUUUUUCUGGUGAGAGAGUGGAUCCAAAAUGAAAUCAGUGCCACACAGAUCCGCUCUGCCCUGUGCAGAGGGCUGAGUGUGAAAUAUCUCAUCCCAGACUCUGUCAUUGCCUACAUUGCACAGCACAAUGUCUACACGGCCGAGAGCGAGCGCAGGAACGAGGGGCACCUGCUGCAGCCCUGCAGGCUGCAAAACACAGCAAUAAAGCCUCUGAGGGACUGAUUUCUGCACUGUGUGCUGUGUCAGACCAGGAGCUUUCUCAUGCAGAUUUCUUGAGAAAGUUGUUUCUUAAUAAUGAUGAAGGGAAAGUCCAAAAUUUCUUGGAAUCAUGUGGUGGUUUAAAGCCAUGAAUCUGUGUGGUAGUGCUCAAGAAAAUUGGGAUGCUCAGCUGUACAGCUUAAAAUACACAACAGCUUCCUUGUGAAAAUGAAAGAAAGGAGAUCUUCACCAUGAAUAUUCUUAGUAUUUUGAUAAGUCAAUAAAUACGACUUAAGGGUCAAAGACAGUGCUUUCCUAAUUUGUAAUUCUGCAAUCCUUACUGUUCUAAAACAGCAAAAUACAAUGAACCAUAUCUUGAGAGAGAGAUACAUGUAAAUAUAUAUUACUUCUAAAAUUUGACUUUAUAAGACCCUGAAUAACUUUUUGGAUUUUUGUGGCAAUUUGACCAAGAUAUGGAAAUCAAUCUUUCUUUCAUGCAAGCACUUAAAAAUGCUACUACUUCAGCUGCUUCUAGGGCUCCAGGUUCUCAAAUGACAGUCCUCAUCCCAACAUUCAAAGUGGGUUUCUUUUCUUCUCUGAUCCAGAGUCUUAAGAGCAAGCAAUUGUCAAAGCCCCAGAGUAGAUAAAAUAUCCAAUAGGGGCUUCAGUUGUACCAUAUGCAAACAUCUGAGAGACUCAGUACCUGAGCUCUGAUGUUAGCAGGGAAAACCCGUCUCCUCUCUGCUGGUUGCCUGCUAUGCUGAUUCAGUGUCUCUCAUUUCUGACAGGAGUCACUUUCAGAGAAUACAGAACUCUAUAAAGUGCUCUCUCUGUGUUUCAGAGCUCCUUAACUGAAAGCAUUUGUGCAGCAGUGAUGUAGCAUUUAUCACUGUACAGAGUAACCACUGUUUCCUAAUACAAGUUUCCACCAGACUGGUCCUUCUGAGCCCCCAGCUGGCCAAGCAGCUUCCUCUGGUGGUUCUCUGAUUCAGAAGCUUGUGGAACAAGUCAAAGGAAUACCAGACAAAAAUGGCUUUGACUGAAAGGGUCUGUAUGAUUUUUUCUUGAAAGAAAGCAUAAAGUAGCUGAAACCUAUUCAAGAAAGAAGAAUUGGUCUCAAAAAACACACAAGAUAAGCGCUUUUAUAGCUUUGGCUAAUAUCCUAAAGCUAUUUGAAAGGGGUUUUCUUCUGAGUGGCAUGAAGAAUGAAGAGUAAUACAGUUAAAAUGGAUUUCCCUUACACAAGUGAUGUGAAAGGUGAAUAUUUCAUUCAUUUUAAAUCAAGUCAUCCUGCUGUCAUUUGAAAUCUCACAGGUUCAGCCUUGUGGAAGGAUCUAAAGGCAGCACUUCAACAAUAAUCGGAUUAGAAGGACUUGCAUAGCCCCAUGGUCUAAAAAAGAGAUAAAAGAAAGCAGAGUUCAAACUUGCCACAAAGCAAGGCAGUGAGUUGUGUGGUGCAUAAUCAACCACAGCUCAGAGCCUGUGAUUUUGACAAUCACCUGAAGCAGGGAUGCCUGCAGACUUCAAUGGCUAUUGGAAAAUGGUCAGCAAUGACAAUUUUGAGGAGUAUCUGAAAGCACUGGGUAAGGUUCCCUUCAAACUUUUUGAAUGAA